AGCCCUGAGUUCAAAGCUGAUUAUGGUGUUUAGGUCCGGCUUCGUGUGUUAAUACUUGUUAAAACAUUUGAGCAGCCAGUUAGAGUUAUUUAGGAUAUGUUCUGUGUGGCGAGUACAAAGAAAUUUUUAACCUGUCUAACCAUAACACGUUUCUGUUAAUGGAUUACCGAUGCUGUUUUCCUUUCUAUCGACACUCGUCUAUGCAUGUCUUUGAGGAGAUGUAAGGUAGGCGAAUUGGCUGAUGCAAAACAAAAGUAGUUAGAAAGGUAAUUUUUAACCAGCUUGAUGACAAUGCUGAAUGCUCGACAAAGUAAAUAUGUAACGUGUUACCUGCCUUGUGGAAACGGCCAGGAAGCGUUCAGCUAAGUGAUCAGAGGGCUUUACUAUGUCCCCAUCUGUUUGAAGAGAAGAUGGAGAACACGGGCUACUGCAGUGAGAGCUUCACCAGCCUGCAGAGUGCCGCCAGCGAUGAGGACAUGGUGGAAAUCGCUGGGGCCACUCUGGAUUUUUCCAGUACUGAUGAUGUUCCUCCGUUGGACCGUGACUAUGGAUUAGCUGUACUUGAGAAUGGGGUGAAUGGGGUCCCUAAGAUGAUGGAUCUUCUGGAUGAACCAGUGCCUGGAGUAGGCACGUACGAAGACUUCAACACCAUUGACUGGGUGCGAGAAAAGUCCAAGGACCGGGACCGUCACAGAGAGAUUGCCAGUCAGAGUAAAGAGUCCACCUGGGCUUUCAUAAUGAGCAUUCAUGACGCCUUCUCUGGUUGGCUUCUCAUGCUUCUGGUUGGACUGAAAGCAGGUGCCCUGGCUGGUUGGAUUGACAUUGCAGCUCACUGGAUGACGGACCUGAAGGAGGGCGUGUGUCUCAGUGGUUUCUGGUUCAACCAUGAGCACUGCUGCUGGAACUCCAAAGAGACCACGUUCCAGGAGCGAGACAAGUGUCCUAACUGGAAGAGCUGGGCCGAGCUCCUCAUUGGCUACAAUAAUGGGCCUUUAGCGUACAUCAUGAACUAUUUAAUGUAUGUCUGCUGGGCCCUGUUCUUCUCGUUCUUAGCCGUGUCUCUAGUCAGAUCCUUUGCUCCCUAUGCCUGUGGCUCUGGUAUCCCAGAGAUUAAGACCAUUCUUAGUGGGUUCAUCAUCCGUGGUUACCUGGGCAAAUGGACUCUGAUGAUUAAAACCAUCACUCUGGUGCUAGCCGUGUCAUCUGGCCUCAGUCUGGGCAAAGAGGGGCCACUGGUCCAUGUAGCCUGCUGUUGUGGGAACAUUCUUUGCCACCUUUUCACCAAGUACAGAAAAAACGAGGCCAAAAGACGAGAGGUGCUUUCUGCUGCAGCUGCAGUUGGAGUUUCAGUGGCAUUUGGAGCACCGAUUGGAGGGGUCCUCUUCAGCCUGGAGGAGGUCAGUUACUACUUCCCCUUAAAGACACUGUGGCGUUCUUUCUUCGCUGCUCUUGUGGCUGCCUUCACAUUGCGCUCCAUUAACCCAUUUGGAAACAGUCGUCUGGUGCUGUUCUACGUAGAGUUCCACUCUCCCUGGCACCUCGUAGAGUUGGUGCCAUUUGUGCUGCUGGGAAUUUUCGGAGGCAUUUGGGGUGCCUUCUUCAUACGGGCCAACAUCGCCUGGUGUCGGAGGCGCAAGACAACGCGUCUGGGCCAGUACCCUGUACUGGAGGUCCUGGUGGUGACUGCAAUCACAGCUGUUCUGGCGUUCCCCAAUAGCUACACACGCAUGAGCACCAGUGAGCUAAUCUCAGAGCUGUUCAAUGAUUGCGGCCUGCUGGACUCCUCCCAGCUCUGCAACUAUUCUAAUGUCAGCGACAUCAAGCUUAGUGGCAACACAUUGCCCGACCGCCCUGCUAGCCAUGACGUCUACAUGGCCAUGUGGCAGCUGGCACUGGCACUUAUCUUUAAGAUGCUCAUCACUGUGGUGACUUUUGGCAUGAAGAUACCUUCAGGUCUAUUCAUUCCCAGCAUGGCUGUGGGAGCAAUUGCAGGCAGGCUGCUAGGAGUGGGCAUGGAGCAGCUAGCAUAUUACCACCAUGACUGGGUGAUCUUCAAAGGUUGGUGUUCACCUGGUGCAGACUGCAUCACACCAGGCCUCUAUGCCAUGGUGGGCGCUGCUGCCUGUUUGGGUGGUGUGACUCGUAUGACGGUCUCUCUGGUGGUCAUUAUGUUUGAGCUGACGGGAGGAUUGGAGUACAUUGUGCCUCUAAUGGCUGCUACCAUGACAAGUAAAUGGGUAGCGGAUGCACUGGGUCGUGAGGGAAUCUAUGAGGCCCACAUCAGACUGAACGGUUACCCAUUCCUAGAGCCUAAAGAGGAGUUUAGCCACAAGACACUGGCCAUGGAUGUUAUGCGGCCUCGUCGUAGUGACCCCCCAGUCUCCAUUAUAACUCAGGAUGGUAUGAGUGUAGAGGAGGUAGAGGCUCUAAUCGCAGACACAUCUUACAGCGGCUUCCCGGUAGUGGUCUCUCAGGAGUCACAGAGACUGGUGGGCUUUGUGCUGCGUCGCGAUCUAGUCGUUUCCAUCGAGAAUGCUCGGCAGCGACAAGAAGGUGUGGUCAGCACCUCUCGGAUUUUCUUCACAGAGUACACGCCCCCUCAACCACCCAACUGCCCGCCUCCCCUGAAGCUGCGCGGCAUCAUGGACCUCAGCCCUUUUACCGUUACUGACCACACUCCCAUGGACAUUGUGGUGGACAUCUUCCGCAAACUUGGGCUGCGCCAGUGUCUUGUUACUCAUAACGGGCGUUUAUUGGGGAUCAUCACCAAGAAGGACAUUUUAAAGCACAUGGCCCAAAUAGCCAACCGUGACCCAGACUCCAUUCUCUUCAACUGAAGCUCCAAGCUGGCCUUUCUUAUCUCACUCAUGCUCCAGUGUGUAGCCACUUGUCAGGCAGGGAAUGGCUGUCUUGACCAAUCAUUUGCACUACAGCACAGCUUGUGCUGGAUUAGAGUCCACUCACACUGUGAUGGCCAUUUGUAGGGCCUCAGAGCUGCAGGCAUGACGCCAAGGUGGACAACUUGCAGCAAAACACCCUAUGCACCUCGGCAUUGCUUAACCACCAAACUUGGCCAAAUCAAGAUGCCAGGUUUUUUUGUUUUCAUUUUUUCCCCCUAAGUAGCCAGUCUAUCAUAACAUAUCAAGACUAUCACUUCAUGUUGAAAAAAGAAAACAUUCUGUGGGUUUGCACAUGCCACAAUCCCAAUCAUGUUUACCUUUAGAUAUGUUGAAAUUCCUGCAAAAUGAUAAACUGUGAAAUAGACAGACUCUGAAAACUCAAAGCCCCAUGUUCUCUCAGUAACCGAGGAAUGCUUUGUUCAUCUUUCAUUUGAAUAUGUUUCAUGGAUGUCACAAAGAAUGAGCUAAAACCAUCUAAACUAAAAUUGGUGUAAGUUUUCACAUCCAUGUGUUUUCUGUGUUGUGAACCCUUCCAUUUUUUAUUUGUAGUGUCCGUCAGAAUUUUGGCUUUAAAUAACUGUGGCUUUUUCAGCUUCUUCAGCGGAAUCAUCAGUGGGGUUGUCGUUUAAGGAAAGUAUUUCAGUUCACAGUAUUAAGAAGUGUGUGGGGAAAGUUGCAGAGCACUUUUAUUUUUCUCAAAGAGCCACUGCUUUGGGGAUUGCAGUCUUUUUUACCUUUACAUUAUCUUCAAUGAUGAAAUGUACAAGGACAUUGGGCAUUCCACUCUCUACUUUAAAUUGGCUGUUUUUGUGCUUAGUUGAUCUGGCAUGAAAUUGCUGCAGGGUGUCGUAUGUUCUGCCCAUCAGGCAGAAGAGGUCCUCAGAUGAGUUUUGUUUUCUUUGCUAGAAAUCCUGUCUUGUUGCUUUAGUGGUUGAUUACAGCAAGCAGUGCAGAUCUUCACCUAGCCAGGUGGCUCAACCCACAUUGUCAGAAUGCAAAUUUGCAGAAGUGAUCAAGUCCACAGAAAUGUGGUUGUUUAGGCUUUAAAGAAGAGUAGUAAAGGUAAUUGUAACUGUAAUGGCCUGACUAAUCACAGACUCGUCACCUCAUAACUUCAGGCUUCAUUUCAUGUAUUUAAUUUAUGGUAGGCAUAACGAGCCACCUGUAAUAUGUUAAAUAUUGUAUUAUGCUAUAUGCCUCAUGAUCUGAUGCAUGCGUGGUUGAACUUUCUCUCAUAUAUCACAAGCAUUAACUAUGACCCUAAUUCCAAUAUUUUUAUUUAAUGUACACAUUUUAUGUAAACACUACUCAAAACAGUAUCUAAAAUUUAAAUACUCUGUCUGAUUAUACUUUCUAAAGCUUCCAAACUUGCGUACCUGGAUUGUAAGGCAGCCAUUGCUGUGCUAUGAGCCACCUACCUGGGUUUAAAUCUAUGUGUUAUUAUGGAAGUGACUUACAGUAGAGAUCAGAUGAUUAUAGAUUACAUGCUCAUGUUUGCGUUGGCUGUCUAUUCGUUUAUGACACUGCCCUUGGUCUGCUGCAUAAGCUUACCAAUAAAAUACGUUCUCAUUUUUUACAUCCUCCAAAGACACAUUUAUAUGUAUUGCUUUAAGCUUUUUCUAAUCUCAUCGCAUACCAGAGUUGAUACUGGAUUUUUCAUCUAACCAUGUACCAUGACAUCUGAUUUCAUUAUUAGGUAUUACUAAUGAGAGAAGAGCUCAAGGGCUUCAAGAAAGGUUGAAAAGUCUGUAAAUUGCGAUGCACAAAAAGCCACUUUUCCUGCAGAGUAUUUCUUUUAUUUAAAAAAACAAAACAAAAAAAAACAUUGUGUACAUGUCGGGUCUUAAACAAUGUAACGUCUUUUAAUCCGUUGUUUGUACUUAUUUCAAUUGUCUAAUCAAUGCUUGUUGAUCAUGAACAUAUGUUAGUAUUAAAUAUGAAUGUAACAUUAUCACAGUAAUUUAUGCAUUAAUACCCAUGAGACAAGUUAA